UGGCGUGAGGGAUAGUAAUAGCUAUCGCCAAACCGAAUGAAAAUGACAAAUCUCCGUUGAAUAAAGUCGUGACAGCCCACCUUUGACCCAUACUGCAGCCCAAGACCAAGCCACCCAUCAAUGAUCAAACCAUUCUCACUUUUAUUAGGCUUGCUUUGGAACCUCCUCAUUGGCUGCUUUGCUCACCCUCCGAAACCCCAGAAAAGCCAGAGAUUCCCCGACAACUCCGGCGAUAACUGUACCCCAUACCCUAUCUCUGCCCUUCUCGACUACCGCACCCUCGUUACUAAGCUCUUUCUUUGAUCUGAGUAAGAAAUGGCGAUGUAUAUCGUAUCUCGGCGACUCUCCGCUGGAUCCACCACCUCCCAGCUGGUCACCUCUCUCCGUUAUGCCACCUGCUGGAGAUCCUUCUCCACGUCUUUUAGGGAGGAACGAGACACUUUCGGCCCCAUUAACGUUCCCUCCGAUAAAUUGUGGGGAGCGCAGACUCAGAGAUCGUUACAGAAUUUUGAAAUUGGGGGAGAGCGUGAACGGAUGCCUGAACCUAUUAUUCGGGCCUUUGGUGUUCUCAAGAAAUGUGCUGCCAAGGUUAACAUGGAAUAUGGUCUUGAUCCAACCAUUGGGAAAGCCAUAAUGCAAGCAGCCCAAGAAGUAGCCGAAGGAAAACUCAACGAUCACUUUCCGCUUGUCGUUUGGCAAACUGGUAGUGGCACCCAGAGUAACAUGAAUGCCAAUGAGGUAAUUGCUAAUAGAGCAGCUGAGAUCCUUGGACAUCAGCGUGGUGACAAGUUUGUGCACCCAAAUGAUCAUGUGAACAGAUCUCAAUCUUCUAAUGACACAUUCCCCACUGUAAUGCACAUUGCAGCUGCUAUGGAAAUAAACUCAAGAUUAAUACCAAAAUUGAAAAUUUUGCAUUCUACCUUACAUUCAAAGUCUAUUGAAUUCAAAGAUAUUGUUAAAAUUGGUCGCACUCACACUCAAGAUGCAACACCUUUGACUCUUGGUCAAGAGUUCAGUGGCUAUACUACACAAGUCAAGUAUGGAAUUGAUCGAGUUUUGUGCACCCUUCCACGCAUGUAUCAGCUAGCACAAGGUGGUACUGCCGUUGGGACAGGAUUGAACACAAAGAAAGGGUUUGAUGCAAAAAUUGCUGCUGCUGUAGCAGAUGAGACAAACUUGCCAUUUGUCACAGCAGAAAAUAAGUUUGAAGCUUUGGCUGCACAUGAUGCCUUUGUUGAAACUAGCGGAGCCCUAAACACUGUUGCUACAUCCCUGAUGAAGGUUGCAAAUGACAUACGCUUACUGGGAAGUGGUCCCCGAUGUGGCCUUGGUGAGCUCAUUCUUCCUGAAAACGAGCCAGGCAGCAGUAUAAUGCCUGGGAAGGUAAACCCUACCCAGUGUGAGGCUAUCACUAUGGUCUGUGCCCAGGUAAUGGGUAACCAUGUUGCUAUCACAGUGGGCGGAUCCAAUGGCCACUUUGAAUUGAAUGUGUUCAAGCCAAUGAUUGCUAAUGCACUCCUGCAUUCAUUAAGAUUGCUGGGUGACGCAUCUGCUUCAUUUGAGAAGAACUGCGUGAGGGGAAUUCAAGCCAAUAGGGAAAGAAUUUCUAAAUUACUGCAUGAGUCUCUAAUGCUUGUCACAUCUUUGAACCCUAAAAUUGGUUACGACAAUGCUGCAGCAGUUGCCAAGAAAGCACACAAGGAGGGGUCCACUUUGAAGGAAGCAGCAUUGAGCCUUGGUGUGCUCACAAGCGAAGAAUUUGACACUCUUGUGGUGCCUGAGAAAAUGAUUGGCCCAUCUGACUGAAUUUUUUUUUUUUUUUUGCUAGAGGAGACUUAAGCAGCAAUUGCUUAGAUUUUAAUUAAUUUUAAGACCAUUUUUCUCGGUCGGAUUACAAAAUAGAAUCCGACCACGAUUUUCUUCAUAUUCCGAUUAUGGAAAACAAUAUUAUUGAGGUUUCCCAUUUGCUUGGAAUUGUUUAUGCAGUUUAUGUAGUGAAAAAAAGAAUAGUCGUGGAUUGACUAAUAAGGGGAAAACCUCCCUCAUUUGUAAGGAGACUGAUUGAAGUAAAGUUGAAGGCAAAAUAAAAGAGAUGGCAUCGAGUUUUGGUACA